AUGAANAAGAAGCAUCCUCAAAGUUUUAAACUUCAUGGAAAACUCAGAGAUUUAAAUGACACUGUUAAGACCGAGGCAGCUGUUUUGUAUGAUGGUCCAGUGAGGGAUCUCUGUCCUUUGGCACCUAAUAAUGUCAAUACUAUGGCAGUAGCAGCUAUAGCAGCAUAUAACCUGGGUUUUGACCAAGUGCAAGGAUGUUUGGUUUCUGAUCCAAGCCUGACGGACUGGCACAUUGUGGAGGUGGAUGUAUUUGGGCCAGGUGACAUGAAAUCUGGCACCUGUUUUCAAGUUAACACAUCAAGAAAAAAUCCUUCUAAACUUGGAGCUGUGACAGGCACUGCUACCUAUGCAUCAUUUCUUAGCAGCCUCUUAGGAGCCAGGGGAAAAGGUGCAGGAACCCAUUUGUGCUGAACUCGAGUCAAAAGAACCAGAAUGAUAUUACCUAAACAGCUGAACAAAACUUUGGCACUAGGAAACAAAAACAAUACAAGUUAAAACAUCAUUACAACAAGGCAGUUCUAUAAAGAACUACGAGAGACCAAAAACUAAUUCCAGUUUAAAUACUUAAAAUCUCUUCUUAAUCCUAGAAAAGGCUACAGGCUUUGGCAGUGCUAAAAAUCAUUUUCGGAUCGUCAAUCAGGAAAAGAAAUUUGCUUUGUUCAUCCAAUAAAUCAAAAUCUGGCUUAAAACAUUUAGCAGUUCUUAUUAAAUCAAUAUGAUGAUCAUUAAAAAAAGGACAAUUAAUUAAGAAAUGAAUUUCAUCCUCAACACAGCCUGAUUCACAGAGCACACAGGUUCUCUACAGGAUUGGAAGUUUUUCAUACCGUCCAGUUUCUGUUCUGAGUGGGGCCACCCCACAUCUCAGUUUAGCCAAUUUAGCCAGACCCUGUGCUGAAAUCUCUAGGUUGAUUACAUGGCUGGUAAUUGUUUGCAUAACUACUCAGUUAAUUGAUCUGAAUUUAAUCAAUUGCUCUUUUGUGACAGAUAAAAAUAGCCCCUUCUGAAUAGCUUGUUAAUUACUUAAGAUUGAAGUUAACUGGGGAAUCUCCCAAAGUAGCUCCCUACGGAGUGAGUACAAUGCCAUCUGCACAUGUGCAGGUUUAAUUGCUUCCAUCUGACCAAAAGCUACAGGGUGGCUGGUGGAAAAUGUGCCUCUAAUAUCUCCCACCCUGGUAGAAGGUACCAGUAUACAGGGAAUGAAAAAAGGCUUGUAGGACCUUUUUGUCUAUCGAAGGUUUGGGUCUCUCUGAAUAAUUAUUUUUUAAUCUAAGUAUGAAAAAGUCAUUAUUUUUUUUAGUAAGUAGGAACAGAUAAAAUGCCUUUUUGUCAAAUAUCUUGGGUCUUAAAUUAAGUCACAUUUUUUUUCAAAAUUUUUGGAUUUAUCAUUUAUUUUAAAGUUCAAUAUUAUCCAAAUUCUGUGUUUCUUUGCUUUCUUUUUUCUUGCUGUUGCUUGACCUUGUCUAUUUUUUCCCUAAAUAGUUAAAAGAAUAGUUCAACAGGUUGUUACCUAAUAUUUUUGUAACUGGUUGACAAGUAUAGUUACUUAUUCUGUCACGUGGGUCACAUGAGUGGGAGAUAUAAAUUCCCCACAACAGGUCAUUCUUUGUUUUUCUUCAGUCAUUCAUCACUCAUCAGAUGUAUAGUGUAUGUGCAAAUGUAUUUCUACAGUGAGAAUAAAGAAGCUGGUGAUAGAUUAACAGUAUAUUGUCUACGUGUCAUUCUAUACUUGACUAUACAUUCUAUUUAUUAAAAAAUGGAAUGGACAUUGUUAUUUAUCAAAUUGUAUUUCUGUGAUCAAUUGCCUCCCAUGGCAUUUUUUUCUGUCUUAUU